CUGAAGUUGGAGCGUUCUCUACAGCUCUCAUGUCUUUAUGUAGUUUUUGGAUUCAAGAAAUGCUUUUUAAAAAGAAAACUGUAAUGCUUGUUAAGUAGCAGCAGCUACAGUGCUCUGUGCUUAGAGAGGUGCAGUGAUUAAGAUUUCAGAAUGUUAUGUAUUGAAUGAAAUACCACCUUUCCUUUGGCUUUUUUUGUCCAAGGCAAACUAGACCCCUAUCUUCUGUUUCCUCAGUAGAAAAUGACAAACAUUUAAUAAUCUUCAAAAUUCAUGGCUUCAGUUUGAGAACGAGGUUGACGUAUUCAGGGUCUUCCUUCAGCUCCAGCACACCAUGUACAUAUAUCUUUUGGGAGUGGGGCUAAAGUUAGGCAUAGACACUCUUCUUCACCCUCAGCCCUGGGUGCCAUUUCCUGUGUGGAGCACAGCAGUGCUGACUUAACCUGGAAGUACGCCAUACCAGAGAGGUGAGAGCCUCUGGGAAAACUCACUCACAACCCUUGGAAAUGCAAGAAGACGUGGGUCAGUCACCAGAUUGACUAGAAAAGUCCUGAACCCUGAGAAUGUGUUGAAAGGAGCCCCCGGUCUCCGGCUUCCACUUUCCAAUGUUGGCAUAUGUCCCCAAGGCCUCUUAGAGGUUCCGAUCUGCCACCCAUGUUAAAGAUAACUCAGGUACAAGAAGGUGGACUAGAUAAUAAUAAGACAUAGUCAUAGAAAUGGCUUAUUUAGAUUCCAUGAGGUAAUUAUAUAAGCUGCAUUUUAAAGCAUUUAUUGCGAUCUUGUAACCUUGUAACCUGUUCAGUAAUUUUACAGUGCUGGGGAAAAAAUUAUUUUUCCUUUAUUUAACAUUGAAACCAAGGAGGUGGAAGGCUAUGCCUUAUGAUAAUACUGAGAAGCACACAUGCUACAAAAUGCUGAGGGCCAGCAAGUGAGUCAGUGCGUAAAGCAAUCCCCAGCAAGCUUGAUGAAGUAAGUGAGUUUGAUCUUUAAAACCCAUGAUGGAAGGAAAGAAAUGACUCCUGAAAAUUGUCUUCUGACCAGCACAAGGACAUCAUGGAUUGUGAACAUCUGCAUUCAUACACAUACAUGUACACAUACAUAGCAAUAACAAAAAGUAAAAAUGUUAGUUGUCUUUUUUUUUUUCAACAAGAAGCCACAACUUUAUUAGUGAUAGAAACAGUACAAAUUUUAAACCAAGCUGUAGUUCCACUUUUCAAACACCAAAAAGGGGGGAAAGGGGGAGGAGGGUGUCCUUGCUGUCAGAUAAUUACAUUGUUAGUUGAGUUUUAUGACUUUGUGAGAGCCCCAACUCUGGCUUCUUCAGGGUUUUGUUUGUUUGUUGUUUCCUAGCCUCACUUGAGAUGGGACAAUAACAUUAAUUAGCGGCAGGAACUGGGCGGAGUUAUGGUGCUGCUUCCAUGUUAGGCAUGACGUCUCUUGGCAGACAUGAUAGUGCCGGCCUUUAAUCUCAGCAUUCAGAAGGCAGGAGGCAGGAAGAUCUCAAAGUUCCAGGCCAUCGAGGAACAUACUGAGAUCUUUUCUCAAAAACAUUAAAAAACAACAACAACAAAAGAUGUAUCACCCAGAAUUAAAUGUGGUUGGAGAGCUGGGGUGAAGACUUUAGGUCUUCAAAGCCAGGCCUGGGCUACACAGUAAGGGCUUCUGACGCUCAGUAAGAGGUAGUUCCUUCUCUCCUGGGAUCCUAGGGACUAAAGCCCCAAAGAUGCUCAGGUUCUGCUUAGUCCUUCAGGGUAUGUUGGCCCUUAUUCCAGACUAAACAGACUGUUUUAGGUUUUUCUUUUCUUUUUUUCUUUUCUUUCCCUCCCUCCCUUCCCCCCUUUCUUUCUUACUUUAUUUCUUUCUUUUAGUUUUUUCAAGAUAAGGUUUUUCUAUGUAGUGCUGGCUAUCCUGGAACUCAUUCUGUAGACCAGGCUGGCCUCAAACUCAGAGAUCUGUCUGCCUUAGCCUUUCCAGUGCUGGGAUUAAAUUAAAGGCAUGCACCACCACCACUUGUUGGUUAUUCUUUCUUAAUCUUCCAUAAGUCCCAGGUCAUUUAAAAAGGCUAUAGUUUAUAUUUUAUAGAGAUUUGUUUAAAAGAGACGAUGAGGGCUGGAGACAUGGUUCAGUGGUUAAACUCACUUGGUUGCUCACAACUGCCUGUAACUCCAGUUGUAAGGGAUCCAAUACCUGACCCCUGUGACCACUUACACACAUACACACACACACACACACACACACACACACACACACACUCUUAAAAAGAAGACAUUGUAAAUGUUUCAAAUACUUAUCUGUCAUUUCACACCACCUUCUCUAUGCAUUUCACUAAUCACUAAUUUAGUUUUAUCUACAAAAACUCAUGGGCCCAGACUCAGAGCACAACAAUGUGCCACUCUGUUUCACCUCACAUGUGAGCCUCUGUUGCUGGAGUUUAGUCAAAUUCAUUUUUCUUAUUAUUUGAGGAGUCUUUUACUAAGAACUUGCCAAAAUAAAGUCUGCUAAGUCAAUUUGUUCUGUGUGAUGGUUUUAGUGAACUUAGAGACAGAAACUUGUACUAGUUCGGAAUAAUAGGUAACUCAAAGUAGAUACCCUGUGAGUGCUGGGGAUUGAGCCAAAGGCCUCACCUGUGCUCCAUGAGGAUGCUGCCACUGAACUCCAGCCCUAAAGUAGGUUUUUCUUUUUUCUUUUUUUUUUUUUUUUUUUUUUUUUUUUGGGUUCUUUUUUUUUCGGAGCUGGGGACCGAACCCAGGGCCUUGCGCUUCCUAGGUAAGCGCUCUACCACUGAGCUAAAUCCCCAGCCCCCUAAAGUAGGUUUUUCAACCUAAAGUUACACAGUAGUCACCCUAUGCUCCAACAUUGUGCAUUUGCUGCUCACUGUGUAGUCCUGUACUCACUAUGUAGACCAGUCUGGCACUGAAUCAGACCUGCCUUCAUGCUAGUAGUGCUAGCAUGAACUACUGAAAACACGGUUCCAUUUUCUUAUCAAGACCCUAAGACAGAACCUUCUGAAGAUCAAAACUGUAACAGGAACAUUUGCUACUUUCAUAGUCUGACUUAAGUUGUAAAACCAAACUAAGGACAGUAGAAGAGAAUUUGCCAAGCAUACUAAACCCUGGACAAAAACAAGUAAGCAAACAAAAAAAAAAAAAAAUUCCUUAAGCUACAAAACCAAAGGCAUUGCUCCUGGGAAGACUCCUAUUCUCCAUAGUUCAUCAGUUUGGUUUUUUUUUUUUCUUAAUUUGUUUGCUCUGCAAAACAAAACAAAACCAAACAACAACAACAAAAACCCAACCAAAUCCAUAAAGCCCUAAGUAUGAUUUGUGUCAAUUCUUUGUUUUUGUUUUUGAAGCCUGGCAUCAAGUGUAGUGCUUGCUUUCAAGUAGCUUCUAAGUAGUGGACAAGAAAGAAGUGAAAAUGGAAGUCCUCUAUUCUCUUAUCUUAGCUGGCAGAACUUAUAUAUUUUUUUUUAAUUUAUUUAUUAUAUAUAAGUACACUGUAGGUGUCUUCAGAUACACCAGAAGAGGGCAUCAGAUCUCUUUACAGAUGGUUGUGAGCCACCAUGUGGUUGCUGGGAAUUGAACUCAUGACCUCUGAAAGAGCAGUCGGGUGCUCUUAACCGCUGAGCCAUCUCUCCAGCCCCAGAACUUAUAUUUUAAUACAUUUUUUUUCUUUUCUUUUUUUCGGAGCUGGGGACAGAACCCAGGGCCUUGUGCUUGCUAGCCAAGCGCUCUACCACUGAGCUAAAUCCCCAACCCCUAUUUUAAUACAUUUUUAUCUUUAAGACUAGGUCAAUAAAAAGAAAAUCUUUACAGGGACAGGGGAGACAGCUUAGUGAUUAAGACAACUUAUACAUGUAGAGGAUCCAGGCUCAGUUCCUAGCACCCACAUGAUGGCUCACAGUCAAGUUUAAUUCCAGUCUAGGGAAUCCAGCACCUUCUAGCCUCAACAGUCAUUGGACACACAUGUUCAGAUCCACACACGUGUACACACAUGAUUAAAAUAGAAGCAUAGAAUAAUAAAAAAAAUUUUUUUUUUUUUUUUUUUUGGUUCUUUUUUUCGGAGCUGGGGACCGAACCCAGGGCCUUGCGCUUCCUAGGUAAGCGCUCUACCACUGAGCUAAAUCCCCAGCAUAAAAAAAAAUUUAAGACUGCACAUAAAUAUUAAAUAGGGCCAUCGAGAGGCUCGGCGAAUAAAAGCAUUUGCCAUGCUAAUCUGACUGCCUGAGCUGAAUCUCUGGAACCCACAGUGGAAGGAGAGAGUCAGUUGCCAAAGAUCGAUUAUUUUUGGGCCUCCAGCACCCACAUAGACAAUAAAAUAACUAAUGUUAAAAUUUAGUAAACUUUCAAGUUAGUUGAAGGAAAAUGUAAAGUUGUACUCAAUGUUUAAGCAGUGUAUUUUAAUACCUGCUUAAAUAAAUUGUGUCACUAAAAUAAAUUAUUACACAUUCUAAAAUCCCAAUUUGCUUUCUGUUUGAACAGUCUUUGGGACUCACACACAGAAGGUGUCUGCUUGGUGCACCUUAGGUGGUGUCUGCCUUUGCAUGAGUUCAUGGCCAUCUGCCUUCCUGCUUGGAGAUUUCCUCUCCUUUCUCCUGAGUUCCAGCUCAUUCUGUACUGAGGAAAUAGAACAUGGGACUACAGAAGUCCAUCUUGUCUUUGUGAUGGUGCUCUUAUGGUAUAAAUCAUAGGUUCCACUUGGAACAGGAUCGGGUGAGUGGGUGUGGGAAAAGGAGCAAUAGAAUUUAUGUCCAUGUAUUGUAACAAUAUGUUUAAAAGGAGUUGUAUUUUUAGGUAAAGUGACUUGUUUUGGAGAGCACCAUUAGACAGGGAAAGGACUUCUGUGAGCUAACAGCCUUUUAACUGUCUCCCUAAGGUACAGUUAGAGCAGUAACAGCACAGGAGUGACUAUAGCCAUUUAGGGUUUUGUACAGGUCAAAUCCCGUUACAGCAAAGUUCAUAGGAUGUGAAAAUUCUUCAUUUGUUCUGACAUUCUAUAGUGUGUUAGCAUGUAAUUAUCAGACAAUAGAACUUGUUUCGUUCAUAAAUUUCCUUGAAUGAAAAAAAAAAAGUACAAAGACCUUUAAAGAGACAUUUAGCCCCAUUUGGUCUCUUCAUGUGCAGCUAGUUCCCCAUCCUGGCGUUGGCGGCUAGUCCGCUCUGAGGCACUUGGUGACUCCUUGAGCAUGUUUGCCAUGUGCAGCACAGUGCAGUGCGUGCUUGCCUACACCAACCACAGCAAAGAAGCAUCAGGACUUUUUUGUGUGCUUUGAGGGAGCACUGACAGUAGAAAAGCAGAGCCCAUCAUUCAUUAGGAAUCCAUAGAUCCCUUGGGAUGGACUGCUGUGUUUGUCCACACAAUGGGGUCAGUGCCAGAGUGCCCUGGGUAUAAGAAGCGGUAAAGCUUUCUGAUCCCGAGUCACUCUGUCCUCAGGCUGACACACUGUCACCAAAGGGCAAGAACUAUUGGUAUAUUUUAGGUUUUUUACCUUUCAUUGUAACGGGAUUUAACCUGUAACAUCUAGAUUUUCAUCAGGGAAAUGCAGAUUACACAAAUGAAAAUAGCACACCAUGUUUGUACUGACUGUUCUGUUCAGAUGCACUCACCCGCAUGUUAUGAUUACUAUUGUAUAUGUGUAAGCACCAGUGUUAGGAGCCUUUGCAGAUAGCUUUAUGAACAUGGAUGUUUAUAUUGUCUGCUUUUAUAAAGAAGUAAGAUAAAUGUAUCUUUUAUACCAAACACAUUAAGAUAUCUGUUGGAAUAUUAUUUGGUAUAUGAUGGUGAGAGCGGUUGCUUUAUCAAAGGGUGUUUUGAAUGCUGCUAGAGUAGCUGGUGUUGCUUAACGUGGCAUUUUUUUUUCCUGUCCACACUUUCCACCCUUGGUACAGGUGUUUUUGAUAAAGCUGUGGAAUGGCAAGGUAUGUUUUUAUGGGAUGUUCAAGAAUCUGUUAGCUUAAAAUUCUUUUAUGGAGGUUUCCUUUACAGGAUUCCUUUUGGGUUUGGCUCAAGUAAAUCUGAUGUAAUUGUAAGAACUGUUUUGAAGGCAGGUGACUGUACAAUUUUGACAAAACUCUUAUAUUUCUGGUUUUAUUUUUUUCCCUUCCCAUUAUUAACUAAGACAGUGUUUCAGUUUUAAAGCACUUGGGGUGGGGGGAGCUUUAAGAAAUAGCCCAAGUUCUUAACCCCAGUCCAUGAUCCAGUCUGUUGUUAUUGUUAGAAGCCUGGUUGCCAGUAAUUUGUAAUUUCAUUAAGGAAACUGAUGUAAAAGUAGCUCCUAAUGUGUCAGUUAUCAGCUAAUCCUAGGGCUUUCUUAAAUGCACAGUCCUCUAUUUACAAGAGGAAGAGUUGAGAUUGAACUUCGACUGGUUGGAGCCGAGGGCUAGUCUGGUCAAGUGGCAGGUGCAUAGAGCUCACCCUAGCCUUAUCACCUGCUUACUGCUGUCCUCUCUGUUCAUGUUCUCUGCUGCCUGCAGCCCUCCACAGGCGUGUUGACAUUCCUGUUUUGCAGGUUCGCUUGAGAGAACCACAUAGCUAAAUCAGGCAGAGCUUUAGAAGGCCCGAUUGGAAGAGAGCACUCUCUAGUGACUUUCCUCUAACAAUGAAAUUGUGAAAGGUACAUGGGGACUGCCAUGAGAGGCACAGCUAUUUGGUCUCAGCAGUACAACCCUUUCCUUGUAAAAUGAUGAAGUAUUUGAAGGUUUCGGCACAAGUGCUGGAGACUGCUGGUGCCUUUAGACUACGCUGGUCACCUGGGGGGCCAGAAGCCCUUGUUAAAUAUCUGAGGUGUUUUGUGAACACCCGUUCUGUGGUUGCAAAGUUAGUGUCUGCUCAGAGUGCUCCAUCUCACCGGAAGUGUUUGCUUUUUCUCAUUCAUAGAGGUCCUGUAAUAAAGAGGGAUCCGAACAAGCUCAGAAUGAAAAUGAAUUUCAAUUUCCACUGUAGGAGGCGCCGAGGAGACUGCUCCCAGCCUACAGGGGAGAGGACUACAGCAGAGGACAGACACCUUGAGGGCCUUCGCUUGAGCUCCCCUGAGAGUCUCUGCAGUAUCGGUCUUCAGGGGGCUGAAGCAAUGGUUCUGGAGAGUGUUAUGUUUGCCAUUCUUGCAGAGAGGUCACUUGGGCCAAAACUCUAUGGCAUCUUUCCGCAAGGCCGACUGGAGCAGUUUAUCCCGAGCCGGCGAUUGGACACUGAAGAAUUAUGUUUACCAGAUAUUUCUGCAGAAAUAGCUGAAAAAAUGGCCACAUUUCAUGGUAUGAAAAUGCCAUUCAAUAAGGAACCAAAAUGGCUUUUUGGAACAAUGGAAAAAUACCUGAAUCAAGUACUAAGACUUAAAUUCAGCAGGGAGGCCAGAGUUCAACAACUGCACAAGUUCCUCUCUUACAAUCUGCCUCUCGAGCUUGAGAACCUGAGGUCAUUGCUGCAGUAUACUAGAUCCCCAGUUGUGUUUUGUCAUAAUGACUGUCAAGAAGGUAAUAUCUUAUUGUUGGAAGGCCAAGAGAAUUCUGAAAAGCAGAAGUUGAUGCUCAUUGACUUUGAAUACAGCAGUUACAAUUACAGGGGAUUUGACAUUGGAAAUCAUUUCUGUGAAUGGAUGUAUGAUUAUACCUAUGAAAAGUAUCCUUUCUUCAGAGCAAACAUUCAGAAGUAUCCUACCCGAAAACAACAGCUCCAUUUUAUUUCAAGUUACUUGACUACAUUCCAAAAUGAUUUUGAAAGCCUCAGCAGUGAAGAGCAGUCUGCUACAAAAGAAGACAUGUUGCUUGAAGUCAACAGAUUUGCCCUUGCCUCUCAUUUCCUCUGGGGACUUUGGUCCAUUGUACAGGCCAAGAUCUCAUCCAUUGAAUUUGGGUACAUGGAAUAUGCCCAAGCCAGGUUCGAUGCCUACUUUGACCAGAAGAGGAAGCUUGGUGUGUGAAUGGAUGGCUCCACUCUUCACCACUGGACUGCAGGAGGUGGCUGCACCAGGCCCUCAGUGGAGCGCUGCUGUGACCACUGCCCUGGGCAGAAGGCCUGGACGUCUCACUACUGAGCACCGAUGUGUAUGAUACUACAGACUAUAUUAAAGUGGAGUAACAUUUCUUUCAUCUUUGUUUACACUCUCACUAGGACUCUGAACCAUGAUUGGAAGCAGAAAUAUAGUGUGAUAGUGCAAUAGCUCAGACCCCGCCUAAGCGGGAGGCCUUUCAGCUACAUGGCUACAGCUUCAGCCACUUAGGCCCCAGCCAGACAGAGCAGUGCUGUGUGGGUACUGAGUGCUGACUUAGGAUAUUAAUGUGCUGCAACACGUUCAUGACCAGGCUUUGAAGGUGACAGUCUGACAAUGUGUUGGAGACACUCUGAAGGGCAAGUGAACAGACAUACUGUGAAAUGGCUCGACAGGAGGAGCCUGAAUUGUGGGGUCUGUGGAGGCAGCCAGCUGUUUCUGUACAGGGUACACUUGACUAUGGGUAUGCAUCUGCAGGCAGUAGCUGCAGCCCUCCUGUGCCUGUGUACACAUGACUACAGGGGCCAGUGUCACUGACUGGCCAUAACUGCAGUGUCUCCUAACUGGGUGUGCUUUAUGCUUCAGCUUCCCGGGGAGGAGCAGUGGAGCCAGCUUCCUCACCCCUUCUUGCCUUCUCUCUGCCUGACCUGGAACUUGGGCUUUCGCCCAUUGCCCUCUGAAGCUGCUUCCCAUCUGAUGUCACUGGGAGACAGCAGCUGUAUGUGUGGGGUAUUGGGGUGCAGGUAGAUUAGAGCUGUGAAAUCCAUGUACAUUAAUACCCAAUGGGAUAAACCUAGAAUUUUUUUUUUUUACUCUGAACUCUGAAUUGUUUUGUGCACAUAUUUCUGCUACCACCGAAACUGUAUUAUACAGAUAAAUAAACAACUUGAAACUUA